UAGCGCAGUAUAUCCUUUAAGUUCGGACUCACACCCAACCGGUUAUCUUCGGGGUUGGACUUUCGAGAGCGAAAGGACUCACGGAGAGAGCUUUUGCGGAAUCAACAACUUAACGCGCGCACUCGCAUCGGCGACCCAAUCGCAAGGAUUACGAUGUGAAGGUGCUGGCCGACCACUCGGAGAACACAAUUGAGUACAGGACACAAACGCGAACGCACACGCUUCGAUUGUGGGCGCUGCCACCGGAAAUCCAAAGUUGAACCAGUGCCUGACCGAAAAGAAUUACAAAAUAAUUGCUAAAACCGAUGAUUUUCCGGUUUCAAUUUGCCAACCACUCGCCACUCAGAUGAAACCCCGAAGCGAAAUUCAAUCUAAACCAAAUCAAUACUGAAAAUCAACAAAUGAAAAUAUCAAAAACGCCGUGCAUAAAAACCGCGUAAAGCCAAACUGCAACCAACCCAACCAACAAAAUCAACAACAAUUUCUGGAAUUAAUUUCAUUUGCCGCGCGCGUCCAUAAAAAUCUACAUAGAAAGCGGCACAAAAUAAAUACACCAGCCAGCCAGCCAGCGAGGAAAGUGAAUUGGUUAGCCAUGGAGAAGGCGUAAUGGCCAUCUGCUGACCCAGGACCCAUAACUUUAGAUGAGCGCGCCACUGUGGCACAAUUUCGGUUUACACCUGUCGAAGCUGCCACGCCCACGAGAAACUUUUUCUACCACCAACCAGGCAACAGCGGCAACAACAACAACUGGAGGCGCCACCAGCAUAGGAAUAAGCAAAAGAGCAACAACAUCAGUGAUAUGGAACUGUGCAUAGCAACAAAGUCAAAAAUUGUAACCGCUCAGAGUUCAAUGCCGCAAAGCAGCCAAUGCAGCAGCAGCAGCAGCAGCAACUGCCGAAACUAUCAAAAGAAAUGCCACCAAAAUCAAACAAACACUCAAGUACAGAGCACUCAGCGAAGCAAUUGCAGCAGCCACAGCGAUCGAGACCACCUGACAAACCAACAAAAGCAACAGAACCAACGAACAAAUAGUGCAACAGCAGCAAGUGCAGCAAGUGCAGCAGCUGCAACAUCAUCAAAUUCCACUAGCAGCAGCAGUAAAAACAUCAGGGAGCCGAGCAGCAGCACACAAUUAAACACCCUCUACGCGCUGCUGGUGCUUUUGAUAGUCGGCCUUGCCACAGCCACCGCCUCGCCCAGUCCCAGCCCCAGCCACGCCCCCUUCGGCCGCGAGAGCAGGCGCGAUGCUCUUUUGGCCUACUACAAAAGGGCGCACCUGCCGCAGAGCAGCAGCAGCAGCGGUGGCGUUUCCCUGGGGCACAAGUAUCACCUGCUGCACGAUGCCAAUGGCCUUGACUUUGACGAGCUAACGCCCACCGCCAGCAGCGUGUCCGCUCUCAGUCGGGCGGAGCGUUUUCGGUUGCGUAAGCGCAGCGCCACGCCCACAACGCCCGUCACUCCACUGGAUGUUGCAACUGCAGCAGCAGCGGCAACAGAUGCAGCAGCAAAGGAUGCGGGCAGCGGGAAGAAGCCGGAGGAGAAGUGCGAGCCAAAAGUACUCGAAACGCUGCCAGAUGAGCCGUUUUACGACUACACCGACAUCGCCGAGGAUGCCGCACGCCAGUUUAUUGAAUUUUUAUCGGGCAAAUUCCCAAAUGCCAACACACCGAUUGCCAUCGAUGAGCCGACACGUGCGGAGGUGAGUCGCCGGGCCAAUGGAAUCGCCAGCUACGCCCUCAACGAGGACGACAAUCUGCUGGCCUUCGCCAUUGCCGCGCCCAGCAUUCACACGGUGGUCGUUAAAUUCAGGGAUAACGUUACGAUACCACCGGAUCAGGUGCACAAUAAGGCAUAUUUGGGUUCCUAUUGGCGGGAGUUGGGUGCGGCCUGGAACAGCACGGACGGCACCCAGGAGUGGGGCGCUCCCUUUCGCGACUGCAACCUGUUGACGCGACGCUGGCUCUGGCCAUUUCGCAUAUCCUUCAGCGAGCACAGGAUCAAAGUUGUGGCGGCUGCCUUCAUUGCCGCCGAUGAGGAUGUGUGCAACGAUGGCCUGGAGGAAGUUUUCGGUCGCCGCCACGGUUGCGAUCGGAAUACGACCUUCUGCCUGCUCACCGAGAACAAACCCGCCGCCACCCGGGAUGUGUACACCUGUCUGUGCCGGGAAUCCUACUACCUGCCCAACUCCACGCUCCAGGGAUUCCGUGGCGAUCGGGUGGAGCUGUCCGAGGGCUACGACAACUACUCGUGCAUUCCGUGUCCCGGCGGAUGCACCAACUGCGAUAGCAACGGCGUCUGUCUGACCUUCCAGGAGGAGGAGGUGCUCAAUGUGGACGCCUGCCUGCGCCUCCUGGUGGCCAUCGUCCUGGGCGCCUGCAUCCUGUGCUGCAUCGUCCUCGGCGUGAUUGUCUUCCGGCAGCGAAAGUGCAAGGCCAUUGCGUCUGGCAUGUGGACUGUGCUGGAGACGAUAUUGCUGGGCAUUGUUUUACUUUAUGCAUCUGUUGCCGUCCAUUUCUUUCCCGCAUCCACCGAGCGCUGCCUUCUGGAGCCCUGGCUCCGGGAGCUGGGCUUCAUCACCUGCUACGGCGCCAUCAUCCUGAAGCUGUACCGCCACCUGGUGGACUUCCGCACCCGGAAGGCGCAUCGCUGGGUGCUGCGCGACGUGGACCUGCUCAAGUAUCUGGGCACCAUGGUCUUCGCCGUCAUCUGCUACAUGGCCGCCUUUACGGCCUCGUCGCUGGAUCUCCUCGAAAGUGCGCAGCUGGAGAGCCUCAGGGAGGCGGACACGAACACCUGCCAUCCGCUCAAGUGGGAGCUGGUCACGCAGACCAGCGAGAUGCUCAUCCUGUGCUUCGGGCUGCACCUGUCCAUCGCCAGUCGGAAUGCCAACACCCAGUUCCGGGAACGACAAUUUCUGGUCACCGCCCUGACGCUGGAGUUCCUGGUCUCGUCCAGCUUCUACUUUCUGCGCUUUGUCUACCUGCCGGAAAUGAGUCCCAGCGCCAUCUUGCUGGCCCUGUUCAUCCGCUCCCAGCUGACGAAUAGUUUCGCCUUGGGUCUGAUAUUUGUGCCAAAGUUGUGGUAUCAGCACAAGCAGGUUCGUUCGCUAGCGUAUGAUCUAUCAAUACGUUUACCUGUGGAUGCUUUCAAGGGUACGUCACACGACGCCGGCCAGCGGCUGGGCGGAGGAUAUGCCGGGCUCUGUCUGGGCGAUCCGGACAUCGGGGAGCUGACCAUAUCCGAAAUGAGUCCCGAGGACAUACGCGCCGAACUCAAAAGACUGUAUACCCAACUGGAGAUAAUGAAGAACAAGACUCUGAGGCAGGACAAUCCGCACAUCAGUAAGCGACGUGGCGGACGCAAGGCGGGUCACCGUCGCUUCUCCCUGCAGAAAAAGGGCAGCAAGGAUAAGGCUCUAAGUGCCAAACAUCGCAGCAACAAGCAUCAUCAGGACAUCGAGAUCACCGAGGCGGAACCUUCCAGGACGCCCGAGGACUCGGUGUGCAGUGCCGAAGGACCCACGGAUACCUAUGCGGAAAUCUCCGGCGUGUCCCACUCAAUGCUCUCCCACUCGAUGGUCUCCCACUCCGUGGUCUCGCACUCGAAGUAAGGAGUCCUUGCAGGAUCAUGGCGGAUAUUUGAGAAUUGUAUAUAGGUAUUAAACGGUACGAUACAUGUUGGUAUGUGUAGAUAAUAUGUGAGAAAUAGUUAUUAUAUAGCGCAACAACACAAACAAUAAAAGAAUUACUUUAAUUUCGCAAAGAAAGAAAAACCAGCAGGAAAAUGAUAGAUGCAAAUGGAGAUGCAACAAACACUCACCAAACACAAACAAUAACAAACAUUACUUUAUUUUU